UGCGUCUCUCUCUCCCUCUCUCUCUUCUCCAUGACUUUCUAUAUAUAUGGGCCAUAGAGUUUUACUGUUGUGAUACAACAGCCAGUAUCAAAGCAAGGAAGUUGUGAGAGAGAAUCAUAAAAGCCUUUUGCUUUCUGCUUUGUGUUUCUUUGCAAUUUGCAGGAGCUAUAGCUUACCUUGUUCUCUUUUAUCUUCUUCUUGUUUGUUCUCCUCCUCCUCCUCCUCCUUCUUGACCUAAGGAUCAGCUUGUACUCUCUUGACCAUCAACUAAUUAAUUUCCUUACAAAACUCAUCAUGUCAAGCUGCGUCGAUGUGGUGCCUCAUGAGCAGCUCUGCUACAUCCCUUGCAACUUUUGCAACAUAGUUCUUGCGGUGAGUGUUCCAUGCAGCAACUUGUAUGACGUUGUCACCGUCCGAUGUGGGCACUGCACCAAUCUAUUGUCUGUGAACAUGGCAGCUGCCUUUCAGUCACUGUCAUGGCAAGAUCACGUUCAGGCAUCAAACCACAUCUCACAUGAUUACAGAAUUGACAUGGGUUCCUCCUCAAAAUUCAUCAACAAGAUCUCAACGAGAACCCCAGCUACCAACAUUGCCACUCAAGAAAGGGUUGUUAAUCGCCCUCCCGAGAAGAGGCAGCGAGUCCCUUCUGCAUAUAAUCAGUUCAUAAAAGAGGAGAUUCAGAGGAUCAAGGCCAAUAAUCCUGAGAUCAGUCACAGAGAAGCUUUCAGUACUGCUGCCAAGAAUUGGGCACAUUUCCCUCAUAUUCAAUUUGGAUUGAUGUUGGAGACCAGCAACCAAACUAAGCUGGAUGAUGGAAGUGAUAAGCAUCUAAUGUCAAGGUCAACACUACUGAACAACUGAUCAAUAUGGUUUUGACAUUUCAAGACACCUUCAAGAAAUUCCAUGCUCUUUGAAGUACAUCCUUGACUUCAAUGUGUUGUAAUCAAGGAGGAUAUGAGUCUAUGUUUUCUACAAUAUUGUAUUUGUCCCCGACUGUUUAGCAGAUGUGAUUGCUUACUUGACUUGCUGUAAGCUAUCUACAUUCGUCAUCUAUAUGAAUAUUCCUCCACCUUUGUGAUGAGUGAUGCGGUUUGCAUUGUUUGGGAU